AUGUGGGCAUUAAAAAAGUUAAAUCUUGACUGGGCUGAAGUUGCUAAUCUAAGGAUGACACAACUCAACGAGAUGGAAGAGUUCUGUUUUCAUGCCUAUGAGAAUGCAGCCAUGUAUAAAGAAAGAAAGAAGUUUUUUCAUGACAAGAAGAUUUUGAAAUGGGAAUUCAAAUCUGGUGACUUGGUCUUACUUUUCAACUCAGGAUUGAAAUUCUUUCCGGGCAAACUCAAAUCCAAAUGGUCUCGCCCAUUCAAAGUUGUGAGUGUGUCUUCCUAUGGCGCUAUUGAAUUAGAAUCCGAAGACGGGACUCAAACUUUCAAAGUAAAUGGCCAAAAGGUGAAGCAUUACCUCGGAACCAUUGGAGAAAGGCAACUGGUAGAAUAA